GUCGGCUUUAAAAUACAGUCACCAAACCCGUAAAUCAGACACACCUGCGGUCUGUCUGACUGGCUGUAAGAUGAUCAGCCUUUGGAUGGGAAACCUGGAGUCUUACAUGGAUGAGGAUUUUAUCCGCCGCGCUUUUGCUGCUUUGGGAGAAGCGGUGACGAGAGUGAGAUUAAUCCGCGAUAAACUCAGCGGAGAUCCGGCUGGUUACUGUUUUGUGGAGUUUGCUGAUGAGGCCACAGCUGAGCGCUGUCUACGCAGAGUGAACGGAAAACCUUUACCUGGAGCUGCUCCGCCAAAAAGGUUCAAACUGAAUCGAGCCACGUACGGCAGACAGGAGAGCAGUCCGACUUUCUCUCUCUUCGUGUCGGAUCUCUCUCCGGAUGUGGACGACGGAAUGCUGUAUGAGUUCUUCUGUAUCCACUUUCCUUCUUGCUGCUCUGGGAAAAUAGUGCUGGAGAGUAACGGCGACUCAAAAUGCUGUGGUUUUGUGAGCUUCACCUCUCAGAGAGAUCAGAGAAGAGCUCUGUCAGAGUUUCAGGGGGCUAUCGGACUCGGGAAGAAGCCGCUACGCCUCCAUUUGGCCACCAGCAAACCGAGUAAGAAACAGCACACAGAGGAUAAGACCGGGUUCUAUAAUACAGAGAACUACGCUGAAAACCAGCGCUAUCUAUAUCAGUUGUACAUCCAACAAUACUCCAGCUAUUACUCUGGUUAUUAUCACAGCACAGCGGACUACGAUCACUACACACACUGCUACUGGGACUCAGUACAGAGCUGUGGGGAGGUGGAGGAUGCUGGUUUGGAGUAUCCAAACCUGGAGCUGGAUGUUGUGGAGCUCAAUAGGAGAUUCAUGGAGAAGAGUGAGGAGCUUUACGACGCUCUGAUUGGCUGUUACUGCCAGCCUCCGGAGUCGUGGGACGGGAUCAGCUGUAGCGUAAUGAGCUGUUUACCAGAGCCAGUUUACGAAUAUGGGGACACGGAGUGGCAGUGAACACUUUUUGUGGUGGUUAUGUUGUUGGUAUUGUUGCUAUUUUGUUGAUGUUGUUGUUAGCAAUUUGUAUUUGUUGGUUAGUUUGAAUAAGAGCAGAUAUGUCUUUAUGAACCUGCAGUGAUUCAGCAGAGGUGGUUCUUCCUGAGCUGGAGUUUCUGUUGUAUGGUUUUGUGUUUCCAGCUUUCCAUGUGUAUACUGUAUAUAUAGUAAAUAAUCUGUUUACAAUAUUUACAAUAAAUGUACUUUUGUUCUGCAUAGUUGCGCUGUUUUAUUCUUUGAUUUGUGGCGCCUCAGCAAAAAGGGCCUGGGUUCAGUUCCCCGGCCGGGUGACCGGAUUCCUCUCUGUGCGGAGUUUGCAUGU